AUGGCCACCAAAUCAACUGAGUUGGCGAUAGCCAAGUCUCCUUCUGCCAACCACGUCGAAAAGUCUGGUGCCGAAGUUGACGAGGCACUCAAGGUCACUGCCGAUCAACCAGACCUCACACCCAAGCAACAGUACCAACGUCUCUGGGCCAACCUCAAUAAAGAUAAGCGUUAUGUGUUCUGGGCUUUGUACAUCAUGUCCCUCGUCUUCGGAUGGGGGUAUGAUUCUGGUCUGUCAGGCGUAGCUAUCGCCUUCCCUGAGUUCCGCGAGGCCUAUGGCAACUACUAUGCGGCAGGAGACCAGUUCGUCAUUCCUGCCCUUUGGCAGUCGCUCUGGAACGCGGCAAGUACGAUCGGUCAAGUGCUUGGCGCCUUCCUCACCGGUCAGUUCGCCGACUAUACCGGCCGAAAGGCCGUCCUCUGGACCGCCGUUAUCCUAUCCUGGGCGGCGUCCUUCGCCCUCGUCUUCGCCCCUAGUCUCCCUAUCCUUUUCGUCUCGAAGCUCCUCUUGGGACUGUCCGUCGGCUUGUCGACAGCCACGCCGCCCCUAUACGUUACCGAAAACGCCCCAGCCGCCCUCCGAAGUACACUCAGUUCACUGACCAACGUAGUCAUUGUUCUUGGGUUUUUUCUGUCUUCCAUAACUGGGUGGGGCUCGUCGAAGAUUGACGGACCCUGGAGUUAUCGCCUGGCGUUCGUUAUGACUUUCCUCGUCCCCACAUUAUUCGCCAUCGGAUUGCCGUUCCUACCAGAGUCGCCAGUGUGGUACGUCAAGAAGGGCAAGGACGACGACGCCAGAAAGGCAAUUAUAAAGCUUUACGGCAAGAAUAUCGACGUAGAAGAGCGGCUCCACUUUAUCAAGUCCGAGUUGGAGACCGAAGCGGGCGAAAACACCGCCGCCAGCCAAACCAGCUGGAAAGCUAUCUUCACGAAGGAACAUCGAUACAGAACUCUCGUUGCUAACACAUACCAGACGUACUACUUCGAACUCAUCGGCCAAUCAGACCCCUUCGGACUAACUGCGAUCUCUUCGACACUGCAAUUCCUUUCUAAUUGUUUCGCCGUCUCUGUCUCCGAUGUCCUUCCUCGUCGAAAAUCCCUCGUUGGUGGUGGCGCACUGCUAUGCUGCUGGUCGAUCAUCAUCGGUGGCACUUCCCUCGCUGGGACGGCCAACAAGGCAGCAAACAUGGCUCUGCUCGCUUUCAUGAUUACAUGGUCCAUGCUCUACACUGCGACAGUCGGAUGCUUCGGUUGGGCAGUCGCUCAAGAGACUGCGUCUCAAGCGACGAGGCCCAAGACGAUCGCCUUCACGCUCGUAUGCCAACAGCUCACAGCCCUCUUGCUAUCUUCGGUCUUUCCCUUCUUUAUCAACCCGGAUCAGCUCAACUGGGGCGGCAAAGUCAUGUUCCUCUUCGUCGGCGCCGAAGUAUUCAUCCUCGCCUUGCUGUUCUGGUUCCAGCCAGAGACGAAGAACAGAACCUACCAGGACAUCGACUUCCUCUACGCGAAUCGCGUUCCUCCCCGAAAGUUCGCGAAUUACGUCGUCGCGGACGGUGUUCUUCUUGAGAAGGCACGUGCUUGA